UGAUUAAAUAUUAGAAAUACUAAUAAUACUCCUAGAAAUGCUAUGAACUUUUAUACGAGUACAAUUUAAAUGGUGCAUACCGCACAUACCAAAAUAGUCUGCAUAUCGUAGUAUUCUCGCAAAUUAAAUUUGUGAAUUUUCAAUUCAAAGAAGCAGAUACUUUUAGAAUAUACGUCACACAUAAAAUAUCAUUUCAAAGGAGACUUUAUAGAAUUUGUAAAAUUGCUUUGCAGGUGAAAUUCCACCGGAUAUCGGAAACCUUGGCAGUCUGGAGAUAUUUGUCUCUGGGCUCUGCCAAUCUCACUGGUUCUAUAUCGUCCUCAGUGUUCAACAUCUCUUCUUUAAAACGGCUAGGUCUUUCUGAUAACCAGCUAUUUGGUUCUCUGCCAAUGGAUGUAUGCAACUCGGAUCUACCUUCACUUGAAAUUCUUUCACUUGCCCGUAAUCAAAUGACAUGACGGGGAGCAUCCCACGACACAACACAUCAUCGGCAACUGUACUUCACUUGGAGCUUUAUAUCUUUCUGGAAAUAAAUUAUCUGGUUCGGUACCACAUGAUAUCGGUACUCUUCAAAAUAUGUGGAAACUAGAUUGCGAAAACAACAACCUAACGGGCGCCAUCCCCUCAACACUCUUCAACAUGUCACGGUUACAAGCACUAGGUCUCACGAAGAAUAACCUUUCAGGCAGCAUUCCAUCAAGUCCAGGCCUUUGGAGUCCAAAUCUUAAAGGACUUUUCCUUGGAAUGAACAAUCACAGCGGAGUUAUUCCAAAUUCCAUCUCAAAUGCCACCAACCUGCUUUUGCUAAACCUUUCUUACAACAUGUUCACUGUCUCAAUUCCGCACUCACUUGGGAAUUUAAAACUCCUAGAGGUACUGGACUUGGGGUUAAACCAAUUAACUGGUGAAGACGACUCUUCAUCUUCGGAAUUGAGCUUCGUCACUUCCCUGACAAAUUGCAGACACUUGAGAAGCUUGUAUUUAUCAUUCAAUCCUUUGAAUGGAAUCCUUCCGCCGACAAUCGGAAAUCUCUCCUCUUUUAUCAUACUAAUUGAAAUGCAUAGUUGUAAAAUCAAUGGUAAAAUUCCUAGGGAAAUUGGUAAUUUGAGUAGUUUGAUCACUUUAUCUGCAUCUCAGAAUAACUUGACCGGGUUUGUUCCGAUGACAAUCAAAGGUCUACAGAACCUCCAAAUUUUAUCUUUGGGCCAGAACAGAUUACAAGGUCCCAUUCCAGUUGAAAUAUGUCAUCCAGACCAUCCGGGUAGAUUAGCCAUGGCCCAAAAUAAGUUUUCUGGACCAUUGCCAGAAUGCUUAGGAAAUACUAUUACGUCUCUAAGAUAUGUCGACCUCGGUUCCAAUAGAUUAACAUCUAGCAUACCCAAAAGCUUUGGCAACAUCAAAGACCUCUUGCAAUUUACAUUGAACUCGAAUUCUUUAAGUGGAAACCUACCAUCAGAACUUGGGAAUUUCAAGGCUGCAUUUGUGAUAGAUCUAUCCAUAAAUCAAUUCUCAGGUGAAAUCCCGAGCACGAUUGGAGGUCUACUAAGCCUGGAGAUUCUUUAUCUAGAUCAUAACAGGCUAGAGGGUUCCACUCCUCAGACAUUUGGUAGGUUGAUAAGCAUGGAAUCCCUAGACAUAUCUCACAACAAUCUCACCGGUGUGAUUCCCAAAUCUUCAGAGGCACUCUUGCAGCUAAAGUAUUUCAAUGUAUCUUUUAAUAGAUUAACCAGAGAAAUUCCGAGCGGAGGACCAUUUGAUAACCUCACAAACGAGUCAUUUCUGUCGAAUGAAGCAUUAUGCGGCGCCCCUAGGUUUAAUGUGCCGCCAUGUCAUUUGGGUUCUCCUCACCAAUCAAGGAAAAGAAGAUUGCUGCAUCUUACGUACGUUUUGCUGCCAAUUGCAUCCAUUUUGUUUGCUAUGGCCACCACAUUUGCAAGCAAGAGAUGCCAAAGAAGAAGCGAAAAUCAUGCUGCAAUAGAUAUGUCGCCGGUGAGAUGUCAUCGAACAAUUGCUUACCAUGAGCUUCUACGAGCAACAAAUUUGUUCACCGAAAGCAACUUGCUUGGCACGGGUAGUUUCGGUUUAGUGUACAAAGGGAUACUCCAGGAUGGGACAAUAUUGGCCAUUAAGGUGUUCUACCUGAAACUAGAAGGUGCAUUCAGAAGUUUUGAUACAGAUGAAAUCCUACGCAACCUUCGCCAUUGAAAUCUAAUAGGAGUCAUCAGCAGUUGCUCAACCCCUGAUUUCAAAGGCUUGGUACUUGAGUACAUGCCAAAUGGCACUCUCGAAAAAGAGUUGUACUCUCACAACUAUUUCUUAGACAUCUUGAAAAGGUUAGAGAUAAUGAUAGAUGUGGCUUGUGCCUUGGAGUACCCUCACUAUGGUUACUCAACGCCCAUGGUUCAUUGUGAUUUGAAGCCAAGUAAUGUCCUUUUGGACAAUGAUAUGGUUGCACAUGUGAGUGAUUUUGGAAUUGCAAAGUUCUUAUAUGGUAAAAGCAUUGUACAGACAAAGACAAUAGCAACAACUGGAUACAUUGAGCCAGAGUAUGGAUCGGAAGGAUUGGUGUCCACCAGGUGUGAUAUGUAUAGUUUCGGUAUCAUGUUAAUGGAAACAUUUACAAGAACAAAGCCCACUGAUGCAAUGUUUGAUGGAGAUUUGAGAUUGAAGAACUGGGUAGCUAAUUUGAUGGAGUAGCAGAAAUCAUUGAUGCCAACUUGCUGAGGCCAAAUGAAGAACAAUAUGCUGCAAAUAUUCAAUGUGUAUUGGGCAUUAUGGAACGGGCUUUGAGAUGCUCUGCAGAAUCACCUGAGAGGAUGAACAUAAAGGAUGUUCUGGCUGCACUCAAGAAGAUCAAGCUCCAGUAUCUUACUAAUUGUAGACGGACUUAGAGUUAAGUAUCUGCUUCACCUUAGUGUGUUUUGGAUAUUCACAUCUAGCAGGUAAAGAUUUUAGUGGCUAUACAUUUUAAUGUUUAUUUUGUCCCUUUGUUGCAGCUGUUUUCGAGAGAGAGAUCUCUACUAUUGAUGGGUCCUCUACUACAUCAAAUAAGAAAUCUGUUCAAAGUUCAUGACAUGCCACGAGUAGCCAAGAUGUAUGCCUUGCCCGUACCGGAUGCACUUACAAAUGCACUUUUCAAGUAAUAAAAUUAUAAAACAGCACAAAAUACAUUGGAGCAGUAUAAGUUUAUGUCUUUAGCUUGGCCUUCAUAGAUCCUGCUAGAACUAGGGCAACGUAUACAGAUUUAACUUCAUGUAGUCAACACGUAAUGUUCAGAAAGACUUGCUCUAAAAUGAAUCUGAAUUCCUUUCCUAGUAAUGAGAGAGCAAAGAUACCAAUAACUAAGGUGAGAACAACCAUCCUCUUAUAACUACCUAACCCCUAAAUAUUUUUCCAAUAACAUGCUAACUCUAACCCUCAUCACCCACCCAAUACCAAUGUGAUGGCCCAAGUAACAAAGAAUCUAUCAUUCCUUUGAUACAACAAUGCUCUAUAGCACACUCUACAAAAUGAUUCUAAAACCUUCUAUAAGGAUAAAUGUCAGCAAAAACCACCACCUCCUCAAGGCUGAGCCGCUGAAGCACCUAUGAAUCAAGAAAGUAGCAAAAGUAUUUGACUCCUAAACCAAAACUUCUCCACAAUUGUCAUUUGUUGCAAGAUCAUAGGUCAGCUUCUGAUCACCAAAUCUCUACUUGGAUCGCACCACGGUCCCUUCAUAUCUUUACCAGCAAAUUACAACAGAAGUAACCUGCCUAAACUAUAGCUAACACCACUAACAGAAAAGAAAGAUGAAAAAAACUUAUGGACACAGUCACACACAAGGCAAGAGGAGAAACCCUUGCACUCACACUAAUCCUGGUUGUGCACUAAAUUAUUUCUAGGAAAUAGCCUUCAAUAAAUUUAGUUAGUACUAAAUGAAUUAGUUAGUACUAAAUGUCAUGCCUUAAAUGUCCAAGAGGGCUCAUCUUAAGAUUUCUUCCAACUGAUCAUUUCACAAUCAGAAGUACUUCUCUACCUCUUAUUUGCUAUAUCACUGGUUUAAACCUCACGGAACUCUUCCAAACCGUGAAGCUCUAAUAGCAGUGAAUGAAGAAACAGUAGGAAAACAGAAAGAAUAAGAAAAUUAAAAUCGGAGAAUUAUCUACUGAACAAAUUUCAGCUAGUGCAUAAAAGCAGGCAGCACGCGCACACAAAAUUCAGUAAGAAUUGAGCUGCACUAUGAAGCCCUUCAACAUGGUCCUAACCGCGUGAAUGAUAUUAGCAUUUAGCUAUCUAUGUUGAAGAUUUGGGUGUGUGGGGGGGGGGGUGUGUGGAAACUAAGUAGGAAUUACGGAGAGGACACGAAUUCAUUCCUUUAAUUUCAAAUUUCAAGAACAUUCUCAGCGUCUUCAGCAAACUCAACAAUUCCUAACAUACUGAAACAUUUCAAGAAGAUUUAUCAACUUCUUGUAGUGUUGAAGAUCAUUUUAUCUUUCCACAAGUUGAAAUUAUGAGGUCUUCAGUGGAAAUUGACAAUAUGCUUUCAAUAUAUGGUGUGCGUUGAUUGAAAACCCACAACCUACUAUUGAGAAAUUCAUAUAGUCACGGUGGUGUUGCAUCUCAUCACUUUGCUCUUCAGUUUUAGAAAGGUCGAACCAGCAUUAUAUACUAACUGGAAAAAGGAUAAGAAACUCUUUACUCCGUCCGCAGACAUGUAAAACUUUUGUAGACGAAACUGUUCAGAAAUUCACUCGAAAUGAUGCCUAGAAGACUAGGAGGCCUUUCUGAUGCACAAAUCAACACAGAACAAAAAAAAGUUGUGUAAACCAGAAGUAGCUUGUUGCUUGUGUAACUGAAUGUACAACGAGACCUCCAAUAACUAGAGAAACAAACAUAAGACUGUAGGCGCGUCUCUAAAGCUCUGUUGUUUGGGGUGGCACUUGUAUGUAUUGGCAAUAUAUGUAUCGGUGGGCCAUAGCUUGCUUCAGUUGCGAAAAUCUAUGUAUUGGCUCUAGUUUUAGUUUGUUUUGGUUUCUUAUGUUGUUAUGGAUUGUUGGUAGAUUUCUUGCCAACCAUGUAUCCUCUUGGGCUCGAGUGGCAUAUGAUUUUGCGGGGCUAGGUGCCAACCUUGUUGGCAUGCUUCCCUUGCUUUGUGAUGCCUUUUUGUUCUUGCCCUUUAAUCUCUUAUGAUUUCCAGUACUCUAAAACUCGGUAUUCCUCGCCGAUUACUCGCUCCAAGGUGCCUGGCCGAAGGGACUAAUCCCCUACUCGGUGGGCAUUACUCGCCGACUAACGCCAAGUACUCGCUCCAAGGUGCCUGGCCGAGCGAGUUUUAGAACACUGAUAAUUUCUAGUUUCAACAAUUGAUUAAUAAGAAUCCUUUUUGUGCCGUUCAAAGAAAAAUGCACCAAAGCUCUAUUCAGCUCAUGGAGUUGCAUAGGACUUCCUCUACGGAUUCGAAUGCAAUAAGAAAAUCCAAAGAGUAGAUAUAGCUUUUUCCCUUUGUGUUGUAUUUAUGAGGCCCCAUUCCACCAACCUUCUUAAUAAUUAAGUACUCAUUUUCAAUUUUCAAGCUUAAAAAUAAUGUGUUUACGAAAAUAAUUUUUCCAUUUUUUUGCAUCGUUAAAAAGAUUUCAUCGAGAUCUUUCAAUCAAGAUUCAUAUUACAUAUUUUUAGAUUUCAGUAAACCCAUUAUUUUUAAGCUUGAAAAUUGCAAAAAAUGACUUUUUUGAAAAUAAGUAUUUUGAGAUCCUGGAACGGAGCCUGUUUUAUUAAUCCUUUCCUUUCCCUCUCCAAUUCCUUAACCCCAACAUAGCCUGACGGUACCACAAUACUAACUUCUGUAACCUAAUGCUUUUCAAGUACAAUCAAAGGUUUUUUCGAAAUAAAUGAACGAUAUCUAACCACCAAUUAUAGCCAGCUAACCAAGAAUAAGGCUGAAAAGAAUAAGAGUAAAUUAUCGAGAAAAAGAAAUCUAUCAUGAAUCAUCCUUAAAUAUUUCAACUUGCAUAUUGGAUGUCCCAAUGCGAACAGUAGUAUUAUCUUAGGUAGUUAUCAUUACAGAAAAACAAAAAAACAAAAAAAUACCUAGCCUGAUCCUAACUCGCAAUGCAAGGCACUGAUAAAGUCGGACUCACAGAAAAUAAUUUGGGGCGUUCAUUACCGAGUUCUCGUAUCGAAAAAUCUGCGUCUACAUACAAGAAUCGAAAUCUUGAUGGAUAUUUUUAAUUUCGAUUGCAGCUACAUUGGUUUCCCUUGCCCUAAAUCGGAUUCCACAUUAAGCUAAGAUAUCAGCAAUUAUUCAAGUUUACAGUCCAUCAAAAUAAAAAGACGCAGUGUGUGUGUGUGUGUAGAGAGAGAGAGAGAGAGAGAGGGAGAGGGAGAGGGAGAGGGAGAGGGAGAGGAAUUACCGGGGAGAAAAGCGUAGGAGUCGAAUCUGCGGGAUCGAGAGAUUAAGUA